AUGCUGCCCGCCGACCGCCUUUACAAGAACACCGCUUCUUUCUCCUCUUGUUUGAUGCUGUACACCUUAUACUUUGUGGUGCUCGCUGGUGUACUUUCUCUACUCACCUGUUGGUCUCCUCCACCAUUGGGUGAUGAUAAUGAUAUCGACUAUCAUGAACAAGAUGUCACAAGCUGGGGUCAAUCAGCCCUGCAACAAAUGGUUGCUUGGUCCUGGCGUUCUUGGACUGGACGUCGACAUCCCAUCUUUGAUCCUCCUAAACGCCACGGCUACUUUAUUCACAUCACUGAUCUUCACAUCGAUGAAGAAUACAUGGCAGGCUCCAAUGUGCACACCGACUGCCAUCGUUUCGGGUCAAAGUCAGCCAUUACCCAAUCUGCAGGAUUAUUAGGCACACCAGGUGCAAAAUGUGACUCACCCAUCGAGUUGGCAGAAAAGACGCUUGAUUACAUUAGUCGUGAAUGGCGUGACAAGAUCGACUUUGUCGUAUGGACCGGUGAUAACUCAAGGCAUGAUUGGGACAAGAAAUAUCGACCACGUAAACGCAAAGCCAUCUACCAUCUCAAUGAACGUGUACAACAAAUGAUGCAACGUGCUUUUUGGCCCACUGCACGAGACCCACGCCAUAUCCCAGUGGUGCCUACAUUGGGAAACAAUGAUGUAUACCCCCAUAACACCAUGGGCAGCGGGGAUGAUGAAGCCGACUUGUUGCAAUUUUUCUCCCGUUUAUGGCAGCCAUGGAUUCCAACGGAUCAACGUGCCACUUUUCGUCAAGGAGGCUAUUUUGCCGUGAAUGUUGGCCCACGCUUACGAGUCUUGUCACUCAAUACAAUGUACUUUUACCACAAAAAUGAUGCCGUCAAGAAAUGCUCCUCGCCCGGUUCCCCUGCACAUGACAUGCUGCUUUGGUUCGAGAGAGAAUUGAUACGUGCCCGUGCUGCCCAUGUACGUGUUUAUGUGAUGGGCCACGUGCCACCCACCACCAAACACUAUCGUAAAUCAUGCAUCCGUGGCUAUACUCGUAUCGCUGCUGCUUAUCCUGAUGUGCUCAUGGGUCAUUUCUUUGGCCAUCUCAACAUGGAUCACUUUUUGAUGCUGGAUGCAAGAGAUGCCGAAGAUGAUGACGAUGACGAUGAUGAUUUCAGCCAUCUCUCUUCUAUUAACACCAACAAUGAAGAUGAUGAUGAUGACCACGUGCACACUUCUCGCAAUAUCAACAAGUACGUGAAUUGGUUACGUGACAUGUAUGAAGACAUCGACCCUAUCGAUCACCAUCACGCAGCACAUUUCAACCAAAUGCCCGUUGUAGCUGUUCAAGUGGCUCCAUCAGUAUUGCCAGUUUAUUAUCCUGCUAUUCGAAUCUACAAGUAUGAGAUCCAUGAUGAUGAUGACCGUGCCCAGUGCCACCAUGGAAGUGAUAAACGCCCACAUGGUACCCUGCUUGAGUACAACCAAUUCUACGCAAACAUCACCCGUUGGGAGGAGGAACUCGAAACAGAUAUUGAUGAAACACCUCUCAAUUAUGAGUUUGAGUACAAUUCUCGUGACGCUUAUGAGCUUGACGACCUUACCAUCACAAGCUAUUAUAAUCUUGCCAAGCGUAUGAUUGCCACAGAUGAUGGCGGAGAAGGCCAACGUCUUUGGUCACGCUAUGUGCAAAACAUGUUUGUGCAAGCUCUCAAUGAUUCAAGUUUUCCCUUAUAG